CCGGAAUUCGCCCGGAUACGAAGAAAUGGACUGCAGGCGUCUCGUUCCACAAUCCAAAGUACUUGUUUCUAUUAUCAUCGUUUGCAUUGAUGCAGUUUUGACAUCCGACGUUCAGUCAAGAAAUUCGUGGAUCGCCUCGAUGAUGCUGUCCGGCGCGACGAUUCAGGUCACCCCCGAAGUGUUCAGUGCUGGCGUGUUGGCAACGCUGGCAUCGGGUUUCAAGGCAAAGGAAAAAAGAGGCCUCGCUUACGAAGCCAGCUUCAGUGACCUGCAGAUCUCGCACACUCUGGGGAUCCCGCUGGUUUCAAAGGGCGUAAAGGCCUCGGUGUACAUCAACUCCCUGAAGUGGCGCCUGGAAGUCCUUGUCAACGAUGCCACCGGUGAAACAACGUUCAGAGACUUUCAGUUCCACCUUGGGCAUGUCACCGUGAAGACCAAAGGCUUGUGGUAUCUGGACCACGUCGUCGGCGCUUCACUGAACGUUCUUUUGGAGAUGACUCACGAUACAAUGCAGAGGAUAGGACAGUAUGUGGGUAGAAACGCACUCCGACAGUCUUUUUGACGGCUAAGUAUACUUCGUCAGCG